AAUCUCCUCUGGCAGAUCUAAACAUCAAGUAAACUUUCAACAUGGCGCUGAAGAGGGCCAAACGCUUCAUCGCCAACUUCGGCCUUCUGUUUACAGUCUGUGCUUUCAUAUGUAUCGUGAUAGCUUUUGCGACCCCACACUGGCUUGAAAGAUUCCCCCACAAGCGGAUGACCAAGGUUUUCGUCCGCAUGGGUCUGUGGGAGUCCUGUUUCAACGAUUGGACCUUCUACAAAGACUACCUCAGCAAGAAGUACAACGGGUGCUGGUGGAUCUUCCACUACGAGUACCGUCCCGUGUGGCCCUGGCUCAACCCACCUUGGUUCCUGGCUGUGCAGAUCUUGAUCACCCUGGGUUUGAUGCUGCAGUUCAUUACUGUGGUUAUGAACAUCAUGUACUAUGUCAGGUGCCUACCCAAAGAGAAGGAAGGGAAGCAUGUCAAGUCCAAUGCCAUCUUGAUGUUUAUAUCAUUUUUGUUUAUUUCUGUCUCUGUGACGAUAUUUGGAAUCAAAGCUGAUAUCGACAGACAGUGGCUACCCAAUCCUGAUUCUAACUUCCUGUCAUGGUCAUUUGGAUUUGCUGUCCUCUCCGGGUUUUUCUCCGUAUUUUCCGCCAUGUGUCUGGCCACAGAUUACGUCCGUAUCAGGGAGGAAGAGAUUAGGGCAAACAAAGGACCUGCUUAUGCCGUUAAGCCUAAUCCAAGGUUUUAGAAGAUAUUUGAUCUAUUAGGUAUGAAUGUUGCUGAGGAUGAAUAUAUGUUUUCAAAGAAUAAAUGUUUAAUGUUUUAUGUUAUUCAGAAUGUGAUGCUUAUGUUCAACAGUUUAUAAGCAUAAAUAUCCAUUGAAUCUUUUUGUAUUAAUGGUUAUUGUAAGUUGUGACAGAAUGCAAAUUUUCUUGUAUAUAUUUUGUACAGGUUGCAAACUUUUAAAUUUGAAUAAUUUUUUUAUAUUGCCUUAGAGUUACUCAACAACUGUAAUAUCCAGAGUUCUCAUUGUGUACAUAUUGUAUCAACCUGAAUACAUUCCACGACAGUUAUCAUUAUAUAAUUACAACUUUGAUCAUUUUAUAGAUGAAUAAAAAAAUAAUUAGGUGGAACUUUUCUAUAAAAUUUUUUUUUUUAAUUUCUUUCUCUCCUGAUGAAGCAUUCUUUUUAAAAUGUUUAAUAAAUAAAUACACCUACUCA